UAGUAAAAAAGCCGCGUGCUCUCUCAAGAAAUGUGUAUUCUAUAUAAUGACAAAAUGAAUAGGUAGUGUGAUAUGACACAAAAAGCACUGGACUGGGAGUCAGGACUACUAUUAACUGGCUGUGUGAGCCUUGGAGAAAUAAGUGAACCUGUUGUCUUGGCUUCAGUUUCAUCUUCAGGAAAAUUGAAGUAAAUGGACUAGAAUCUCUAGGUCAUGGGUCUUUAAUUGCUAUAUGUAGCAUAACCAUUAUGUGUGCUGAGGACCAAACUAGCCCAAGUGGUGGCUGGUCAGCAGCCAGUGUCAGGGUGAUUGGAAGAGAAAGAGUGGAGAAAGUGAUUUCCAAGUUGAAGGCCAGCUUUGGAGAAACCUGCAACUACAGAAUGUGAAGCAUGGACUAUCUGAAAAGAUUUUAUCCAUCUGAUUCAAAAAUAAGGGACCCCAAUAGUUUAGAAGUCAAACUCAAGCAGAUGCAAAACUUUUUUCGCCUGCCUAUAACUGGAACAUUAAGCUCCCACAUUAUAGAAAUCAUGCGGAAGCCCAGAUGUGGAGUGCCAGAUGUUGCAGAAUAUUCCCUAUUCCCAGAUCGCCCAAAAUGGACUUCCAAAGUGGUCACCUACAGGAUCGUGUCAUAUACUCGAGACUUACCACAUGUCAUAGUGAAUCAAUUAGUGGCAAAGGCCUUCAACGUGUGGAGCAAAGAGAUCCCACUGAGCUUCAAGAGAGUUAGCUGGGGAAUUGCUGAUAUCAUGAUUGGCUUUGCAAGAGGAGCUCACGGGGACCCCGACCCAUUUGAUGGGACAGGAAACACACUGGCUCAUGCCUUUCCACCUGGGCCAGGCCUGGGAGGAGAUGCUCACUUUGAUGAGGAUGAACGCUGGACUGAUGCUAGCAGUAUAGGAGUUAAUUUCCUGUAUACUGCAACUCAUGAACUUGGCCAUUCCUUGGGUCUGGAUCAUUCAUCUGAUCCUAAUGCUGUGAUGUAUCCAACUUAUGGAGAAGGCGAUUACAAGAAUUUCAAACUUUCACAGGAUGAUAUCAAUGGAAUUCAGAAAUUAUAUGGAAAGAGAAAUGAUUCAAGAAAAAAUUAGAAACUUCAGGGAGAACACACAUUCAUUCAUUGGAUUCUAUAUAGUUGUUCCCAACCAGAAUUAAAGAACACUGUUGCUGCACUCCAUUUACCCCUUGCUGCCUCCAUCCUUGUAUUGUGGUUGGUUUUCGUACAUCUCUCUCCCCCUCAUCUAUGACUCUCCUCAAGCAACAUGCACUUGG